AGUGAGGACCGCGCGCAUGAUGCUCCAUCAUCUCUACAGCGGAAACAUUCUUGGGAAAAGUUUGAAAAAAACCUGGGCGGUGUGGGAAUUUGGUCACAUGGAGUGCACAGCCUAAAAACUGACGCGCUGAAAGUGUCUCAAUCAGUUCUGCUUUAGGAAACUGACAGAGUGAGACUGCAAGAAGAGCGGCGAUUCUACGCGCUCACACAGAACGCGUGCGUGGUUUUGACGUCAUCCGCACAGGUGUCAAACCCAGCGUUGUGAUUACACUCGAUCCUUACCGCGCGACAACUCUUUACCAGCACUCCUGAGAGCAUUGGGUAGCAGCCUGUCAUCACAUGAUGCCAUUUACAGUGAAUCUGAUUGGCCCAUCUCCCUGGGGAUUCAGAAUAUCUGGAGGGCGAGACUUCAAGAAGGCCAUAACCGUUUCCAAGGUGAACGCUGGCAGUAAGGCAGAGAUGGCCUGUCUUCAGCCCAGUGACAUCAUCAUGGAGAUUAAUGGCCUCAAUACUGGCGAGAUGCUGAAUGUAGAGGCACAAAACAAAAUCAAGAGCUGCACGACACAACUGCAACUGCUCGUAGAAAGACCUGCUCCUCCUACUCCUGGUCAGACAAAUGGAAUCACAGAACAACUGGUUGGCCGCUUCCAGGAGGCUGUGCAGGUGAGUCGAGAUGAGAACCAGAACUACAGAGAGUACACCAUCUCCAGCCCAGCGUCUCUGUCUCCUGGCCCAUAUUCACCUGAGCCUCCACCCAGCCCCGACCGCAAAGGGGGCAGGAUCACACCCACCAAUAAGAGCCUGCAGCUCUAUUCCUGGUCCUCAGAAGAGAAGAACGUACAGAGUCACAGACUGUCCCGACCCCUCUCUCAGGAGAUCUCUUCCGUGGAUUUCCGCAGUAACUCCGUAUCAAGUCGGACUCCAACUCCCCCUGGACGAUACUCUCCACACAGUCCCAUCGAACGAGAGCCUCCCGUUUCCCCUCGACGCAGCUCAGACUUCGCCAUGCAGAGGUUUGACAGAGAAUCAGAGGUGUACAAGAUGAUUCAGGAGAACAAAGAAUCGCGUGCGGCUCCUCGCCAAUCCAACACCUUCAAGAUGCUGCAGGAGGUGCUGGAAGCUGAUGAGAAAGAGGGCGCCAUCCUUUUUCCAAGCAAGUUGACACCAAGCCCUUCCAAGGUCACAUCCCCUGUUUCUGGAGUGCAGAAACACCACACCUGUGAAAAAUGUGGCACCAGUAUUGUCACUCAGGCUGUGAGGAUCACAGAUGACUGUUUCCGUCAUCCAGAGUGCUACACCUGUACAGAAUGUGGACUCAACCUAAAGAUGCGCGGUCACUUUUGGGUGGAGGACAACAUGUUCUGUGAGAAACACGCCAGGGAAAGAUACCUGGCUCCCAGCGGUAGCCCUCGCUCUGUUGUGUCCCCACACCACUGAGACGCCAAUCAGCCGCCCUCCUGACACCACCUCCAACUCCUCUAGUUGGCUAGGAGCAUAGGGAGGAGAAGAUGAUUUCAUUGUUACGUUUUCCAAUGUGAGCCAAAUAAGAGUGGUUUGGCAUUAUGUCACUUGAAGCUUUGGGACCUGGCACAGUUAAGUCUUCUCCUCCAGGUAUUGUUACACCCCACAACUAGAGACUAUUGGAUUUGGAAGGGGGCGUCUGCAUUAGAGUGUGUGCUAUUUCUAUAACAGUCAGCAUAUUGCAGUUGAAUUUCUACAUUGCCUGCCACUUCCACAUGUUGUAUUAUGCUUAGAAAACAGCUUGUUUCGAUAGACAUUUAACUUGGGUUUAUCUUAAAUAGUUUGUAUUUUUGGCUGAAAUUUGCAGAGCUUUUCCAUAAACCGUGACUCAAAUGGUUAGAUGCUACAAGUGGGCAUCAGCAGCGCUAAUGCAUACAGGACUGGUUUCCUUAGUGUGUUUGUGUGUGUGAAUAGUUGCAAACGGUUUCAUAUAUUUCAGUUUGCACCUGUUUGAAGGGUUUGAUGAUUACUUGGAAGUGAUUCUUAGUUUGAUGGAUAUUUCUCCCUUCAUAAAAUGAAACUAUCAUCCACAACAAAUCCUCCAUCCACACGCAUUUAGUUUAUUUGCCAUUUGCUUUGUAUUAAAUAAGGGAAAUCUAAGAAAUUAUGAUAAAUAUGUGUAAAUAUGUUUAUUUUUCACUUUAAACUGUAUUUGGACUGAGCGGAGGGUUUUGCACGCACUUGUUUGUGUUCAGGGUUGCAUGUUUCAUUUUGACUGUAUUGUGUAUUUUUGGGUGAGAGAGGUUUGAUCAUGCUCAGAUACACAGCUUUGAAUGCAGGAGAAAAGAGUAUCAGAGUGAAAACAUCAGGCCAAGGUCAGAUGAAUUGUGAAUCCUCACAUUGUGUUUGUAGGGUUGCCUCUCUUUACCUUUUCCGUUACAAAUAAAAACUUUGAUAAUCAGCGGA